GCUUAAAUUCCAUUAACCCAUUUAAAGUGCAAAUUGAGCCUAGUGAUUGUAGCCAACAACUUUUCCUGGAAAAUUAUAGGGCAUACAACAAAUGAAAGCGAAACGCAAUCAAACUAUGUAAACAGACACGAACGCCACUUAUUCUUGAGGAAUCGCUGGAAACCGCAACCAAAUCGUUGCGGGGCAACUCAAUUCACUUUGGCCCAGGAACAGUGCGCUGCCACCGCUCGAAUGGAGUCGUUCUCAGCGUCCAGGUGCUCCACCAUACCGUCACCACUGCCGCACAGUGCCAGUGGCAUGGACAGUCCGGAUAUCUGUGAGCCGCCGCAGGAUGAGCAGGAGUUCUGCUUCCGCUAUCCCAGCUACAUGUUUCCGGACGUGGAGUACGACAAGGAAGACGUGCCGCUGCCCUUCAAGGCCUCGCCGGACUCGCUCUUCAAUCUCUGCGCCGCCGUCGUGGAUUCCCAAGCCCGCACUGAGGUCUUCAAGUGGAGCAUCAACGAUGUGACCGACUGGCUGCGCAACUUUGGUUAUCCCGAGUACGAGCAAACUUUUCGGGAGAACUACAUUGAUGGGCACAAGCUGCUGAAUCUGGACGCAGUUGCUCUGGUUGCACUCAACGUUCGCAACUUCGAGCACAUCCGCCACCUGGGUCGCGGCAUACGAGCGCUCUACAGGAAGGAGCUGCAAACGGCGACGGAGACCAAGCAGCAGAGUGAGGUCUACAAGACAUUCCGGGCCCGCACUGGCCGGAGGUACGAGGGAUUGCGAGAGACGGAGCUACUGGGCCGCAUGCACAUGAUUCGCUCCGUUUUCCGCGACGUCAACGACUGGGAUCUGAUGGAGCUGCACAUGUCCAGGACGCCGGUGAGGCGGUAUCGCGAGAUCGUCGCCGGCUCCAGGCGCUACAACCUCUAUGGCCCAUCGACUGCGCGCCGGGAACCCAUCAUUACGGACGAUGUGGAUGCCACACCAUGGUACAACUUCGAGGAUUGCUACUGAUUCACUUUCAACUUGAAAGUGUGAUUACCUUAUGGAGCAAUAAAGUAACUUCUUUGG